AUGCCUAUCGUCUUCUGCCCCUUCUGCGCCAACCUCCUCAUCCUCUCCCGAGCGGACACGGGUGGCAACAGGCUCGAGUGCAGGACCUGCCCUUACGAGCACCCCAUCGACAAGCCCAUCUACUCCCGCAAGAACUUCCCGCGCAAGGAAAAGGAAGACGUAUUUGGUGGUCCAGGUGCUUGGGAUAAUGCACAAAAGGGCAAGGUCCAGUGUGACAGCGGAACCUGCAACGGAAACGAGGCGGCCUUCUUCCAGGUUCAGAUUCGCAGUGCUGAUGAGCCGAUGACGACGUUCUACAAGUGUAUGACUUGCGGGCACAGGUGGAGAGACAACAACUAG